GUGGAGGUCCCGCCCCCGCGGGGGAGCGAGAGCUCGCGCGCCCGGCGGUGGGUUCGGCUGCGCUGCGGGACUGUGGCGGCCACGGCGGCUGGAGCGCAGGGUGCCUACAGCGUCUGUUCCUGAUCCCUCGACGGGGCAAGAGAGGCGGACUACUCCCUCAGGGCGAAGCUGCUUUUCUUGGAAAAAGCUUGCAAACCGAAAAGGGGAAGGGAAAAAAAAAAAAAGCUCUCUGGACAUCGGGCGCAGGCUGAUGGCAGACCAUGUCCACCAGUAACAACAUCGCCCAAGCACGGAAGCUGGUGGAGCAGCUCCGCAUCGAGGCCGGGAUCGAGAGAAUCAAGGUGUCCAAAGCGUCGUCGGAGCUCAUGAGUUACUGUGAGCAGCACGCCCGCAACGACCCCCUGCUGGUCGGGGUCCCCGCCUCCGAGAACCCCUUCAAGGACAAGAAGCCGUGUAUCAUCCUAUAGCCGUGCCCCCCGCGCCCCCCAGCCGCCCCGCUCUCUCGUUCAGGGCCCCCCCCACCUCACCAAGCCAAGCCCCCCGAAACCCCCCCCGCACGUUCCCCGCAGGAAUGCAUGCGGGUUCCCAGAUGGGGUGAAGGCGUCCCCAGGCCGGACAUGGACAUUCCCACCCCGCGAGAUGCCCGCGCGCUCCGGUGACCGUCCCUCGGGCCACACCGGGAUGGGGGUGCCGGCGCCGGGCCAGCCGGGAGGGGGCCGCAAGGUGGACCCCCGUGCCGCCCCACUCCCAGCCCCCUGUGCCCAGACCCACGCCCCGUCCCCACCUUGACGGCCUUGGGGAAGCCGGGUUCACGGGGGCAGGGGCGAGGUGGGUGACUUAAGGAACCUGGGGGCCUGGACGGGGGCAGUGGAGUCUCGCCUCCUUAUUUAAAUCAAAUCAGACCCUCCUGGGGCUCAGGGAGUGCCCGCUGAGGUGGUCGGGAUCCUGGGUCUAAUCCUCAGCAUCCAGUAUGGUUCCCUGAGCACAGCCAGGAAGUAGCCUGAGCACCAUGGGGUGUACCCCUCCUCCCCCAAAAAACGUAGGGGUCAGAUUCUGGGGUCAGAGACACAAUAGCUGGGAAGGUGAUUGCCUUGCAUGCAUCCGACCAGGGUUCGAUCCCCGGCAUCCCACAGGGUCCCCUGAGCCCUGCCAGGAGGGAUCCCUGAGCACAGAGCCAGGUGUCAGCCCUGAGCACCACUGGGUAUGGUGCAAACCUCCCUCCCCCCCAAAAAAAAACAUCAGAGUCUGACCGUCCAACCACGAUCACCCAUAAGAGGAUCAGGGGUCCUGGGGGACUCAGUGUGUGAUGCCUCCCCCAUGUCACCAAGUGUCACCUCCCCAUAGCACUUAUCUCACUGGAUCUCACUUGGUGUCCCCCCCUCCCCGCCCCCAGAACACCCUGGGCCCGGAAAUGACCCAGAUCAUAGGAUGUGGGGCUGGAGCCAUCCGGAGCCUCCACAGAGGGGCCCGGGGACCUGGAGGGGUCAGCAGAGGCUCCAGGCACAAGCACCCGUGUCCCCGACGCCCAGCCUUGCCCACGGCUCUGGCCUGUUCACUCGAGGUCCCCCGACAUUGUCAGAGAGGGGACUUGUGGUUCAUUAGAGCCAGACUCGGCUCUCGGUGGGGCUGUCAUUCACCCCCUCUCUCCGUCACUAUGUCAUAGGAGCAGGCGGGGGGGCCAGGCACACCCCCUUUCUCCCAGCCCCCACUGAAGGGUCCCUCCCUGAAGUAAGAGCCCCUCAGGGAAUAAAAACGAUGGGAGCUGGAACAAUAGUACAGCGGGGAAGGUUGCUUGCCUCGCACGCACCUAACCCAAGUUCGAUCCCCGGCACCCCGUGUGUCCCCCACCCCCAGCACCGCCAGGUGUAAUUUCUGAGUGCAGAACCAGUAAUAACGCCUCAGCCUCGCUGGGUGUGGCCAAAAAAUAAGCUACCGGUGCCAGAGCGAUACUACAGCAGAGAGGGUGCUGGCCUUGCACAUGGCCGACCCGGGUUCGAUCCUCGGCAUCCCAGUAGGGUCCCCUGAGCACCAUCAGGGAUGAUUCCUGAGCACAGAGCCAGGAGUCAGUCCUGAACCUCGCUGGGUGUGGCCCAGAAUAGGACAAAGGGAAAAAAGGGGAAAAAAAAAAGAGAGAGAGGCAACGAGAUGAGGUGAGCUCUCUGCCUGUGGGCCCCAUGGGGCUCCGGGGGUCCUGGGCUGCCCCCUCAGCCCAGCCUGGGGCUCCCCACACACCUUGUGCACCCCCCAGCCCCCUGUGAACGGCCUGGCUCAGCUCUCGCCCGCUGAGAAGGCUUUGGUGCGGGAGGUGCAGAGGGGCGGGGGGCUGCACCCCUGAGGGGUCAGCGUGGAGGGCCCAGACUUCCUCCCCGGCAGGUCCGGGAGUACCAGGAGCUUUGGGGCGUCUCCAGGCCUAUGGCUGGACCAGGGGCGUCGGCUGCCAAGGCCCCCCCACCCCCCGGGCUCCUGGCCACACUGUGCCCGGCCGGACAGACCCCCGAGUCUGCGCCAGCCGGGGGGUGCCAAAGGGAGGGAGGCAGAAGGGGAGACGCCACCCCCCGUCCGGCCCUCCCCACCAGCCAUUGGGGUGCCUGUGCACCGGCACCCCCUUUGUCUGCGAAAGAGGCCUUAAUCCUUCGAGCCCAAGGUACCUCCGUGCAAGGCCCCCCUCCUCCCGACCCCAGGGCCCCUGAGACCCCGCGGGAGUUCCGGCUCGGAGCCAGGGGCAUCCCUCAACUGCCCACGUCUGCUCCCCACCCCUGCCUGCCACCUGUGCCAAGCCCAGCCCCACCUUGCCCCCCCAAGAAGCCAGCAGAGCAGGGCCACCUGGGCUGAGGGGGACAAGACAGGAUCCCCCAACAACCACCCACACCCCGCACCACCCCCCCAUGCUCCCUGAGCAAACUGGAACCGCAAGGAGGGUGGGGGGUCCCGUCCCGGCCCCCCACCUCACCCCUAGGCCCUCUCUGCACCCCUAAGCCCUCCCUGCACCCCUUGGGCCUGGGUCUUGAGGUCCCCAGGGGGACCUCGGAACUGAAAAUGUUCGUAAGAGCGUGUUGGCAAGAGUGGGGAGUGUCCGCAGGAAGAGGGGGGGCCUCUCCGGGGGCUGGGGGGUGCCGCGGAAGCCAGGAUCUUAACGUCGGGUAAGUGAGGACAUAUCCUCGCUUAUCCGUGAGCCACAGGCUGAAGGCACGGUGUCCCCCGGCCACCUCAUCACUGUCACCUCAGGGCCUGACCCUCUGGUCUCAAGGACGUUAGCCCUGAGGGGCCCAGUGUGGUCUGUUCCUUGGCGUGUCCCCCGCCUCCCGGACAGCCCCACCUCUGCCGCCGACCAUUCAGGCCCUUCUCAGAUGGGGAAGGGCCAGGAAAAGGCCCUGGGCCGCCGCCCCCUCGGGAGUGACUGCCCCCCCCCACACACACACACACACAGGUGCAGGGACCUCCCUGGGAAGAUCCCCAGCCCUGUCCCUCCGACACUGCCCGUUCACCCCCAGGGGACCCCCGCCGGGACACUCUCAGGCCGGGGGGAGGGGGAGUUCUCACCUUCCACCCCAGCUGUGCCUGGGGCUCCGGGUUCACAAUUUUUACAAAAACUUCCCCGUGUGCGCGUGCGCGCGUGGCCAACCCCGUUCUCUCGCCGUGUUUUAAUAUCCCGUGGAAUAGUUAAUACAACGUGAAUUAACCAACCCGCA